AUGGAGGGGAAAAGAGAACAGAGCAAGCCGAAGGUAAGGGAUCAAAUCCGGUAUAGAGGCAUCCGGAGGCGGCCUUGGGGAAAGUAUGCAGCAGAAAUUCGGGACCCUACAAGAAACGGGGUACGUCGUUGGUUAGGUACAUUUGACACAGCUGAACAGGCAGCAAGGGCUUAUGAUCGAGCUGCUUUUGGUUUCCGGGGUCGUUUAGCCAUCCUCAACUUCCCAAAUGAGAGCCAAUACCACAAUUCAUCAACAAUCUCUUUUGUCACAUCAACUUCGCCACCCUCAUCGUCUUCCUUUUCAUCUGCUGCUGCUAACAUUGAAAAAAACUUUGGAAACGAAGAAAGUGGAGUUAUAGAGUUUGAGUAUUUAGACAAUAUGAUCUUGGAGGAGCUUCUUGCAACACAAGAAAGUUAA